AUGGACCAAAUUGUGCAUAUUGUGGUGAUCCGAGACACACUCGUAAGACUUGUUUUUAAAUUGCAUGGCUACCCCAAUUGGUGGGCUACUCUUAAAGAUCGAAGACAAUGCAAUAUGACCAGUAAUAGUACUGGUUAUGGAUUCCAUACUUCCGAUAAGAUUGAUUCUAGGAGCUGGAUAAUUGAUUCCGGUGCAACUGAUUAUAUGAUGUUUGAUCCUGAUGAUUUUCUGAAUACUACACAACCUCGACAAACCUGUAUUGCAAUUGCCAAUGGCGUUACUUAUCUUGUGACAGGGGCUGGCACUGUUGCACUCUCAUCCUUUCUCACACUGUCUAAUACUUUACUUGAUAUUCACACUAAGGAGAUUAUUGGUCGUGGUACUAAGAGAAGGGGGCUAUAUUAUGUUGAUGACUUCAGUCCCGGCGUGGCUAUCAGUGUGACGCAUUCCUUUGAUAGCAAACAAAAGAAAAUAUGGUUGUGGCACCGUCGAUUGGGACAUUCGUCUUUUAGUUAUAUGAAGCAUCUUAUACCAGAUUUAUUUUCAGGUUUCAAGGACUCUGACUUCACAUGUGAUAUUUGUAUUUUGGCCAAGAGUCAUCGUGUGCCCUACCCAUUGAGUACGAACAAGUGUACUACUCCAUUUACGUUAAUUCACUUUGAUGUCUGGGGACUUUCCCCUAUCACUGCUCCUUCUAGUGUUCGAUGGUUUGUCACAUUCAUAGAUGAUUGUACACGAAUGACAUAA